UUAACAAGAACAAUACUCCAUCUGUACCGUUUAAAUUGCAGCCGAGUACUGCUGUCGAUAUGAGAAUAAUACUAUGUACUUAGUUCUCAAACCAAACAUUUAACCACACUUCUGUUGCUUUGUUCGCCGUCCGCGGAAGUGCACUGCAGCGAAAAAUAUUUUUUGCUGAUUUUCAGGAAGAAAAUGUACAUAUGUUAAUUGCUGAUAUCCGAAGGCAGCAGAGAAAUUUAUUGUUACAUAAGGUACCAUCAAAGAUAUCUGGCCAGUACACAGUUGUAUCGAUGUUUCAGUACAGUAAGCCCAAGGCAUACUACGAGUCCAACUUCCUCCCGUGGCAGACCGCUAGCUCUUUCCCACAGCACGCCACCGCCGCGAGCUUUGUCCCCAACGGCUUUGCAUGCUCUUCGUUGGGGCCCGCGGUGUCCCUCGUACAUGAGCGCUAUAGGUUUCGCCCUAAGGCGGAACCACCACCACCGGAAGUUAGUCCCGUGUACGCGCCAGUGGAUAACUAUAGCGUAGACUCAUACUGGCCGCACGUGAUCACCGCCCCGGCGCUUGCGUCGGCGCCGCAGUAUAAUACACCCGUCUAUGCAUUACCCGAGCAAACGCCACAAUCAAGCCAUCACGAAACGGCGAAAAAGGUCAACGUAAUCUUACCGGAAUGCACAAAGGUCCCGCCGCCUCCAUUGGGUGUCGUCCCCGCGCCGCCGGCGCCCCCUCCUCUUCCCAGAACGCCGAAAGGGCAAAGUCCUCCCCACCAUAAGAAAAAGCAAUCAGGGCGCUCACGCGGCAGAAGCCGGUCGCGCAAUUGCGAGAAAGCGACCACGCUAGCUCCUGUUACCCGUGACCUUUGCAAUAGGUCGACGGGAGUGGAGACGACGCUAAAGGUCACAAAGGCGUUGUUAAAGAAGGGCAGCACGUUGUUGUCGGGGAAGACAGUAACGAAGGCAAACUUUGUGCCGCCGCAGGGCGAUUCGCUGCACAUUGACGCCACCCUGGAGACCAAUGAGAAUCCGCCCUAUUGGAACCGCUACGUCAUGCGCCGACCGAAAUUGAUCUACACUGAGCGCACAUGCUGGCCGGAGGGAGUACCGACGGACAAUGAUCCGCGCUAUGCGGUGUUGUGUGCGCGACUGCAGUGGCGCCGGCAGAAUUCUAAAGUGUUGUAUGAUUCGGUGCUGGAUUGCAGUGCUGGUGUGGUGGAAAAGGGAGAUAUGACCGGCAAAAGGAAAUCGCGUUUUGAUAUGAAACCUGAUUAAUUUUGGUGGUUUGCCAUGGUUAAUCAGGUUGGAUUGGCUGUUUUGAACGAUAUUCCCCAGCGACUGGAGGUACUGUUGAUACUGCAGUAGCUGAUUGGUGUAGGCGUUGGCCAGCACCGACUGAUAGGCAGCGUAGGGAUUCACCGACACCAGCGGCCCCGUCGGCACCCCGUAAACGACGCCGGAGGGAGGAGGCUGCCCCCCGCCCGGCACCGGAACCGGCGGUGAAAUGCCGGCGUUAUUGCAGUUGGAGGUCAGCACUACGGGCACCGUGGCGGUUUGACCCGAGAGGGCAGUGGCCUGGAUGACCAAGCGCUGGGAGCCGGCAGGCGGAACGGUGAGGAUGGCUAUCUGUCCAGUAUUCUGGUUGAUGCUGUAGAACUGACUGCCGCCGAUGAUGUUGUAGACUACACCGGUGCCACAGGAAGAUGCCGACACCUGUCCCACUGGGGUGCCCACGGUGCAGGCUACGUGAAAAAAGCUGAGGGAUGGCGGGAAUACCGGGCCGGCAUCCACGGUAAAGACGGUGACCGGUGCAAUGAACGUCUGGCCGGUGGAGGUCACCGCCUGCACGUUGAAGGAUUGUGGACCGGUCGGCGGGGCCUGGAGGCUGGUGAUUUGCCCGGUGACGGAGUUGACGGUGAAAAAGGGACUUCCAGGUGGCUGGAUGGUGUAGACGGGAUUGUUGCCCAGACCAGAAAGGUUAAGGCUGUUUAUUACUGCACCGUACCAGGAGGCGGUGGAUUACUGAUGGUUAUCUGUCCAUUGACGAGAUUUAUCGCAAAAAACGCGUUACCACCUUGUAUGGAGUACCUGGAACAAAGCGCAUUUAUACGAGUGCUACGAGUAGGGUGCGAGCUAUCAGCAGUCUAAUGCGUACUGCAAUCCGUCGCCAAAGAACUGUGCGGAAACGGUGCCCACCACCG